AUGCCUUCAGCAGCAAUAAAAUACCACAAUUUCACAGAAAAAAAUUUCCAGGGCCUAGUCUAUUGUGAUUAUUGUGAAAAACUGUUGUGGGGAUUAGCAAGACAAGGGUUGCAAUGUACCGAAUGCGGCUAUAAUUGCCAUACUGCUUGCAGUGAUAUGGUUAUUCAAUGUAGGCCUCCUCGACGCUGGAGUCCCGAUUCUCUAUCAGUGACAGACUCGGAAGCAGAAUCAGUAUCAAAAUACUCUCUCCACUCACACACCAACAGAAACUCGCUGAACAAUAAUACAGAUGAUAAUAACAGCAAUACCAGCAGUCGAAAGCAUAGAACAUUAUCCUCAGACAUCUUACCACCUCCAAAUAGUCUAACCCGUAGUUUAUCGUCUUCGAAAAUCGAAGAGCCUCUUAAAUCACCCACAUUUUCAGGAACGACAUACAAUGGCACAAGCAACGAUCCGUUAUCCGGAAGUCAACGAAGCAAAGCGACGCUGAACAAGUCCUACCGCAAAUCCAUCAAGCAGCAAUUACAAAAGCAACAGCUACAAAAGAACAGCGAUGUCGAUUUGCUGAGCCCACACGCAACAGCAAAAGCAUUUACCAGAUUAGUUGCUAGAUCAAAAGCAUUCUUUUACAUUGGAAAAUCAAUACAUGAUGUAUAUAGCUGGAAGAACAAGACGCAUUCUACACUAGUCAGCUUAUUCUGGAUAUGCUCAUGUUUAAACUCAAAGACCGUGUUACUCAUUCCACCCCUGCUGAUCUGGCUGCUACAUAGCCAAACAGGCGUUGUGAACUCACAGCAGACUGCUGCUCAAGUCUUGUUCCCUCGUUUCGAUGAGAGUACGCCAGAAUAUUAUACCAACUUGGAAAGCAUGCAGUAUGCCUUUAUCUUUUUCAUUCGACUCUACGACAAUUUUGCAUACCACUUACAGCACAUCCAUCUAAAUGCAACGACAUACAAAGUGUUGCUCGUCUCAAGCAUCUGCAUCUCUGUUAUUUUUGCUUACAUGGGUAAAUGGUUAGUGAUGGUGGCUGGAUUGAUGGUCUUGUUGAACAAGACCUGGCUCGGUACCUUCAUCGAAGCUAUAUUGCAGUUCUUGCUGGAGGUUGUACAAACGGCAGUGGAUAUCAUCCAGAAAUUCAAAUCUUCUAAAAAGACAGCAGUGGAGAGGAAGCCUAUCCAGGUAUCAGUGUAUGAAAAUCAGAGAUGGUGGGCAGGAACAGGAUACACGUCUCAGCUGCUACGAUCAGAAAGAUCAGCCUGGUCCAACAUUACAGGCUUGGAACCUCUGCCACCCAAGGAAGACAUGCCCCCGCCGGCACAUUAUGCAUGGGCUGAUGAUGAUCCUGAAUGGCAUCUCGAUACAACUGGCCCCUGGACAGAUGAUGCACUUGAAAUAGGUAACAUAUGGGUAGCUGUUUAA